GUGCUGGGCCGCAGGGACCCGGAAGCCUGCCGGGCGGCCGUAGGAGGGCGCGCGUCCUGGCGGAGGUGCGAUCCCGGCCGCACGUGUGUCCGGGCGCCCCGGGACCCGGCUGCCGUCACCUGAGACCAGGCGGUCCCUAGCGCUGAGCCGGCCGCGGCUGCGAGGGGCCCUCCACUCGCCUGCCUGAUCUCCGGCCUUGGCCGGCCUGGUAGCUUCGUAGUUGGCCACACUGGCCUUUUCCGCGCUGGCGACUGCCCUUAUUCGAGGGAGGUUUUCGGUGGACGUUAGGGGACCGACAGGGGCUUCUGUGAGGGACCGAGGUUUACGUGCCCACAGCCCUGUCCUCGCUGAAAAGAGAUUGCAUCAGAACCCCUGCACCCCAGAAAUGAGUCAGGCCUCGGAAGGCGUCUCGGGCAGCCGAAAUCUCUCCCCAGGGGCGACACAUCCAACCGGAGAGCGCCUACUGCCCUAACUAGAACUUCAGGGCGAAAACCGCAAAGCUGGGGAAAUGGACACUUCUUAGAGCUGCUGGAGGCGGUGGGAUUUUCCUACCCUCGUGGGUUUGUUGGGGAGGCUUGGUCUGUUUGAUCCAAAGCCCAGUGGAGAGAGGUGAGGGAGGGGCAGCGGGGAGAGACAGGAAAGGCACCUCAGGAGAGGGUGUGCGAAGGUAGCAGGAGCUGAGCAGCUUUUCUCCUACAAUCUUGCUGGACUGGUUAGUCAGUAUCCUGAAAAGUGGACUUGAUUUUCCCGUGGCUUUUUCGCUUUCCCUAACUCAACUUUUCCAGGAGUCUGUCCUUCCUAAGAGGUGGAAAUAACCACGUUCCAGAGGGAGUUCAAGAAGUGUUGCUCCAUGGACAGAACCCUGGAGGAAACCAGACUCACUGUGAGGAACAGUAACAUUCAAGGAUGCCUCUGUGGACUUCACCAAGGAGGAGCGAGGUCGCUGGACCCUGCUCAGAGGAAGCUCCACAGACCUGUGAUGCCAGAAAACUACAGCCACGUGAUCUCAGUGAGAGACUUGAGUGAAAAUUCUGUGGAGAAUCUUCAAGGGAAAGGACUUAGGUAUCUAUUACAUGAAGAGCUUCCCUGCUGGCCAGUUUUGGAAGAGAUGGCCAGUACAGUAACUGGGAGUCAGGAUUAAAUUGUGACUCUUCAAGGGGAGGUGUACAGGAACCCUGAACUAGAUCUUUCCACCCAUCAAAAGUGGGGAGAAGCAUCUCCUUAUAUUUCUAGAAACAAGAGCAAUGUGGUAAUCCCUCAAAGUGAUGAUUUAUGAAACAUGGAAAGGAGAGAAUAUUUGUCUUUGAAAGUACCAAACCCAAUGGCCACACCAGACUCCUCAGUGACGUCCUGUAAGAAUGAGCCCCAGGACCCUCAGGAAAGCAAAAGUCUGUUUGAAGGAAGCACCAAGAGAAAGGUGACAGGCAGAAAGAGUCCUCCCAUUGACCACUAUUCAGAGAAUCUUCAAACCAAACCGGUGUCUGAUGUAACAGAAGAGGUCUCGCCGUUGUGCAAAAGUGAGGCAGUUUGCCAGAAUGGCCAGUUGAAAGAAUCUUCGGAUGCCUUGGAUGGUAACCGCAAAGACGCUUACGGUUGGAAGUCCCGGGUGGUCGGCCUUAGUCAUCAGAGAGCUUGUUCGGAGGAGAAGCCCAUCAUUACCCAGCAUGACUGUGGGAAAAUACGCACCACCAGCCCAGAUGGUCACCCCAGUGAGAAAAUCCACACGGCAGAGAAACUGUACAGGUGUAGUCAGUGUGGUAAGGACUUCAGUGAGCGGUCCGAACUCAUCUUUCAUCAGAGAGGCCACACAGAAGAAAAGCCCUACAGAUGUGAUCAGUGCGGGAAGGGCUUCACCCGGAGCUCGAGUCUCCUCAUCCAUCGCGAAGUCCACGCAGACGAGAAACCUUAUAAGUGUGACAAGUGUGGGAAGGGCUUCACAAGGAGUUCAAGUCUACUCAUCCACCACUCGGUCCACACAGGCGAGAAGCCUUACAAAUGCGACAAGUGCGGGAAGGGCUUCAGCCAGAGCUCCAAGCUGCACAUCCACCAGCGAGUGCACACGGGUGAGAAGCCCUAUGAGUGCGGGGAGUGCGGUAUGAGCUUCAGCCAGCGCUCUAACCUGCACAUCCACCAGCGCAUCCACACCGGGGAGAGGCCCUACAAAUGUGGAGAGUGUGGGAAGGGCUUCAGUCAGAGUUCAAACCUGCACAUUCACCGGUGCAUACACACGGGGGAGAAGCCUUACCAGUGCUAUGAGUGUGGCAAGGGCUUCAGCCAGAGCUCGGACCUCCGCAUCCAUCUCAGAGUCCACACCGGAGAGAAGCCGUAUCACUGCGGCAAGUGCGGGAAGGGAUUCAGCCAGAGCUCCAAGCUCCUCAUCCACCAGAGAGUCCACACCGGAGAGAAGCCCUACGAGUGCAGCAAGUGUGGGAAGGGCUUCAGCCAGAGCUCCAACCUCCACAUCCACCAGCGGGUUCACAGGAAGGAUCCCCAUUAAAUGAGGUCUUCAGUCACAUGCUCGUGCUCUGAAGACUUAAAUGUUUUUAACAUCACUCUUACUUUCAUAUUCUCAGGAGUAGUAAGAGUUGUUCAGAUAUGUUCUCUCUCUGAAAAGCAUUCAUUUAAAGUAUUUAAGCAUAAGUACCAAGCACUUUGUUAUUCUGUACAGUGAAUUGAUUGUUCUUUUUCCUCAUUUGGGUGGAGUGAAAACGUCUGUACUUUGCUGUUCAGCCAGUGUUACCAGAACUCCGUAUCCUACCCAGUAUUUUCAAGUGCAAGAACCUUAUAUUUGUCCAAGCAGAACACGUUUUCCUUUGUUCACAUUCUCUGAGAAACUGGAACUUUGCUUUCUCUUCAAA